GGAAGUGUACGGAAGUGGCAUGCUUUCUAGCGCUGUGCGUUAUGCCGCGAGCUACGCCGCCGCCGCUGACUCUAGCAGGCGCGCGGGAGCGCCAGCGUUGAUGAAGACUGACAGAUGAGAAGGUUAUCACUGUGAAAACGCCCCCUUUUCAGAUUCCACCAUUGUUCCCUAAACCGAUAUUUAGAAGAUUAUGGACGACAACCCGACAACAGGUGUCCCAGAGUUGUACAUGAAGAAAGAUAUGCCGGGAUCGGCGGUGUCAAAGGAAAUCGACGGCAAACAGCAGUCCGGCAAGGAUAAAAACUGUGGCACUGUCGUGGCUCGGGCUCGCUGGAGUCUUCUUAGACAGGUGCUGAAGAGGAAGCAGCUGAACAGUGAGGAUGUCCAGCAAGUGUCCAUCCGUCGGUUCUCUACCUUCAACCUUUUUUCCAGGACAAAAGUCACAGAUUCCCCAGCCGACAGCCCCUCAUGUGGGACCUGGGUUGAAUACAGAAGUGCCUCUUUCCCACAGUUCAGUGCCUUCCUCAGAGACAGUCUUGGACCCAUCAGAGUGGACGAGGUCCUUAACAGUUUUGACAACACCGGAAAUGUCUGUGUUUGGCCUUCAGAGGAAGUGAUGGCGUACUACAGUCUGAAAAACCGGCACAUGUUCAGGGGUGCCUCUGUGUGCGAGCUGGGAGGAGGCAUGACCUGUCUCGCUGGCCUCAUGAUCGCCGUUUCUGCUGACGUGAAAGAAGUCCUCUUAUCAGAUGGUAACGAGAAGGCCGUCCACAAUGUCCGUACCGUCAUUGAGAGGAACCGGCGAGCUGGCAUCUUCAGAGCAGCCUCCGUCUCCAGCUGUGUCGUGAGAUGGGACAGUGAGGCGGACGUCUCCACUCUGGAAGGACACUUCGACAUUGUGCUGUGUGCCGACUGCCUGUUCCUGGACCGGUACAGAGGCAGCCUGGUUGAUGCAAUAAGGAGAUUGCUGCAGCCCAGUGGCACGGCCCUCGUGUUUGCACCCCUCCGUGGUGGGACCCUGGACGUGUUCUGUGGCCUGGCAGAAGAUGCCGGCUUCACCGUGGGCAGAUACGAGAAGUACGAUGAGCUGGUAUGGGACCUUCACCAGAAGAUGCGGAGCAGAGGGAUGGAGACGUACGAAGAGAACAUCCAUUAUCCCCUCCUGCUCACUCUGACGCGGGCCCCCAGUCCAGGCUGGCUCCUCUGACGCGGCAGGGUGCUCCUCUCUCUCCUGCAAGCCCCCCACAGAUCUGUGGUCUGUGCCACUGUGCCCCAUCGGCUCCUUACCACGACACCAUUCUGUGCCAGCAUUUUAUAUCACUGUAUUAACGGAUGUACAAUUUUUGCUUUUUAAAAUCAUUUUGGUGUCAGUUUUAUCCAGCCUUUGCACCACUGUAGACUGCACCAGUAUUUUCUCAAAAAUACAUGAAAUAAAAUUUUGAUUUCUUUUUCUUAUAUUUUAGUCUGAUCAUGUAUUUCUUUUUGUUUCUCUCAAAUUUCAAUCCUAACCCUAACCUGUUUUUCACUAUAAAUGUACAUGUUCAGUUUUAUUAUCUAGGUGCAAAUUUUUGGUGAAGAAUACCGGAUGAAACACCAGUGUUCUUCCCCUCACUGUGUAAUUACCGAGCUGAAGGGGGUCAGCAGCUGCAGGCGCCGUGGUUGUACCACGGUCACACCGCGGUCGAACAAGGCCCCCGUGGUGGUGCGAUGGAAAAUGUGCGACGUGCAAAACGGAAAACAGCCCAGAGGGCCGUCGUGGUUGUAGCAGGGGCCACGGGUCCCCGGGCCCUCAGUGUUAAACCAGAUGAGCUCUGGCACCGAGACGUGUUUACGGUGCCGCUCCGCGGCUUGAUGUUCUACUCGCUUCUUCUGCACUGUGUAAGACUCGAUGACGUUGGCUGCUGAUCUCCUCAGACACGUCAGGUGAAUCCAAUGACUGUGAAUUAAACACUAUUGUGGUAUUA